UGGCAUAGUCAUGGGGGUUAGAAAUAACGUAGGAUAGGCCUAUUCCUGUAUGCAGAAAUCGUUAUGCUACGCCCACUAGAAAUGCUUGUUGUACUAACUGACUAAACUACCUAGACCAGUAGACCCAGGUAUGACUGUAUGAACGUAUGGAUCAGAGACUGGAUAUUCUCUAUAGUCCUGCACCGGUAGUCAGAUAGUGGUGGUAGCAUAAAAGUCAUAUUACAAUAUUGGGGAUGUGAUAUUUUUGUAAAAGUAUCGCUUUGUGUCCACGCAGAUCCUAAUUAUUCACAACUUAUAAACAGUAGGCCUCUAAAUGAAGAAAAUGUCGGAAGAAGAUGAAUAUGACAGUUUUGAUGAUGAAAAAUCACCAAAGAAUAGCGAGGGAAGAUCGAGCAGGCAAAGCAGAGGUCAUGAUGAAGACACAGAUGACGCUAGUGAAACUGACCGAGCUAAAUUUGAAGAAGAAGCUUUGGACCAGAUAUAUAGGGACAAACUUGGUCAACUAAAAAAGCAACUAGCACAACUUGAUUCUGGCACUUUGCAAGAAUAUUGUAAAAGAUUGAAGAAACUGGAACAAGUUCACAAAGAUAGACAAAGACAAGCUCAUGCACAUCAAGAAUAUUUAUUGUAUAAAGUUGAACAAGAAUAUGAACGAGAGAAAAAAGCUGCUAUGAAAGACUUUGAUGAAAAGAAGGUUGAAUUAAAAGAAAACUUAAUUGCAGAAUUACAGGAGAAAAAGAAAAUGAUCGAAUCUGAGCGUCAUACAAUGGAGCUCACAGGAGUUUGUCCUUCAAUGGGAGAUGCGAAAACACAAGUGAAACGUAAUUUACGUCGACGAGCACAUGACCCUGCCCCAGCAAAUAAUGAUAAACGCCGAAAACCGAGUCCAACGCAACUAAAUUUUGUACUUGAUGAUGAAGAAAUUCUAGAAGAUCUUAAAAUCAUUAACAAAGGCAAACCAGCAAAACUUUCUCAUGAAAUAUCAGUGGAAUCUCACAAUACGAGUGGACAACCAGUAGAAGCUCGAAUCGAGGGAGGAAAAUUAUUAUAUGAUAAGAAAUGGUAUCACAGGGGGCAGCCAGUUUUUAUUUAUAAUUACAAAGAUAACACAAAGUUCAGUGGAGUUAUUACAGUGAUCGCUGACAGAGAAAUUACAAUUCGCAAAACAUCAGGUGUGUCUGUACGGAUAUUUGCUUCACAGCUUCAUAGAGGAAAGUAUGGAAUAAAAAAGAGAAUGACUCAAUGACAGUGACAUUGGCGCAUUACCAUAUAAUGUCAUCAGUAAAUGUGUUGUUACCACAGGAUGUCACCGAAGGUGCACUGUUGUGAGAAUGACAACCUUUUAUUCCCCAAAAUACGGGUCUUGUGGGAAGUCUGUAUGCACUAAUGCCUUAUCCAGAGACUUGUUUAAGACGAAAGUAUGUGGACAUUGUGCUAAUAUUGUGAUGUACUUGAUAAUAUUACGCAGUAUAAACAGUUUUAUGAUUGUAAAAUUUUGUUGUAUUAGAUCCAUGAAUUAUAAAAAAGUAUGAGGUUUAAUGUCUGAUUUUAGCAUCUCUUCUUCAAGGAGCAAUUUUAUUAUUUUAUUAUGUUUUGCUAUGAAAGUUGUUUUGUGGAGCAUCUGUCGCAUAUAACUGCAAACAUAAAUAGUUUCAAAGUGAUAUUAUAUUAGAAUAUUAUUUAGAUCAGGGGUGUCAAAUCCUAAUAUGAUGUUUUAUGUUUAAAAAGGCGCUCACAUGGAUAAAAUACAUAAUGUUUCUUUUUGCUCUUGUCACUGCAUUGAAUCUUUCGCUGUUUUGCUCAAUGCAUCUAUUACUGUAAGGCUAAGCGAAAGCCGCAAUCUCUCGUCUUGUCUUUACUGCUAAAUUUCUUGUGUGACUCGACUAGAUGUCUGAUGUUGGUUAUAUGGCCCAUUGAUAAAAAAUGUUACACACCCUUGAUUCAGAUAUUUCAUAUUCAUAAUUAUUUUUCAUCCUGUGUUUGGGAUGUGGAUUAUUCUGUUUCUGCCUAUCCCUGUCAUAGUGUGAAGUGGAAAUAAACUGUUGAGUUAUACCAUUGCUUUAUGAUCAGUUUUAAUAGAAUAAGGUUCCGUUUGACAAUUUGUUUUCACUUGCUGAUGGAUACUGCUGAAUCAUCAGCAAUCAUAUUUUUAAUUGUAUACCUAAGUUGACAGGAAUAAGUUUCAUAUUCUUGUAAUGUCUUAAUCUAACAAAUACCAUAUUAUGACAACUGACGAUGCUUAAUUUUUCCUUUCAACCGGUGGCUGCUUUAGCAGAAUUUUGUUUAUUUUUUGUACAUAUUUGUAUAUCAUUCUAUUCUUUUAUUUAG